AGAGGGCGAUAUAAACCUCAACUAUAACACUAAUGUCACGCGGAGGAGGAAAGAGGCAGGCUGAAUCAGGAGAUGCUUUUGUGUUUCUACAACGUUGCCACUCUUCAGAAACCACGUUUCUGUGAGUGAGAGCGGACUCCACGGUAGCACCGUGCAUCAGCCGAGCCCAGUCUGAGGGAGCUGAACAGGUCGUUUUCAAACAUAAUCCAGCAAAACAAAGCGUCUGGCUUUGUUUGACAAGAGGAAGCAAUGUCAGGGUUGAAGAAACGGAGUUCAAAUACGUCUGCGGACCGGGAUGAAGACGACAAGCAGGUGACGGAGAAGAUGCUCUCCAGCAGAGGUGGGAAUGGCAGCAUGAGCCGACCAGGAGACGGCACGCCUGAAAGCCCCAGCGCAGAUAUUACCUCAGCGGCGGAUGGAGAAGAGACAGUCGUGCUGAAAAGAACUAUAACUCUCGUCAACGGCGUGGCCAUUAUUGUAGGCACCAUUAUUGGCUCUGGCAUCUUCGUUACACCGACGGGAGUGGUGAAAGAAGCCGGUUCAGUCGGGCUGUCGCUGAUCGUGUGGGCUGUGUGCGGCGUCUUCUCCACUAUAGGCGCUCUGUGCUACGCCGAACUGGGGACCACCAUCACCAAAUCUGGGGGUGACUACGCGUACAUCCUUGAAGUUUACGGCUCCCUACCUGCGUUUCUGAAACUCUGGAUCGAGCUUCUCAUCAUCAGGCCGUCCUCGCAGUAUAUUGUCGCCUAUGUUUUCGCUACCUACCUCCUGAAGCCCAUCUUUCCCAUCUGUCCUGUUCCCGAGACGGGGGCUAAGCUUGUCGCCUGCCUGUGUAUCUUGUUGUUGACCGCUAUCAACUGCUACAGUGUGAAGGCCGCCACAAGGGUUCAAGAUGCCUUUGCUGCUGCUAAGCUACUCGCCCUGGGCAUCAUCAUCAUUAUUGGAUUUGUGGAAAUCGGCAAAGGUGAUACUACUGAGCUUUUGCCUGCAAAUUCGUUCAAAGGAACCAAUACAGACUUUGGCAACAUCGGAAUGGCUCUUUACAGUGGGCUGUUUGCUUAUGGAGGAUGGAAUUAUUUGAAUUUUGUCACAGAGGAGAUGAUCGAGCCAUACAAAAAUCUGCCUCGGGCCAUCAUCAUCUCGCUCCCCAUUGUCACCGUUGUCUAUGUGCUGACCAACCUGGCCUACUUCACCACACUCAGUCCGGAGCAAAUGCUCGGAUCUGAGGCUGUUGCUGUGGACUUUGGAAACUACCACCUAGGACCAAUGGCUUGGAUAAUCCCUGUGUUUGUGGGCCUGUCCUGCUUUGGCUCUGUGAAUGGCUCUCUGUUUACUUCAUCUAGACUGUUCUUCGUGGGCUCCCGAGAAGGUCAUCUUCCCAGUUUGUUGUCGAUGAUCCACCCUGACCUUAUGACCCCUCUGCCUUCACUUAUAUUUACAUGUAUCAUGACCCUUCUCUACGCUUUCUCCAAUGACAUUUUCUCCGUCAUCAACUUCUUCAGCUUCUUUAAUUGGCUCUGCAUCGCCAUGGCCAUCCUCGGCAUGAUGUGGUUACGCUACAAGAAACCUGAAUUAGAACGACCAAUUAAGGUCAAUAUUCUGCUGCCCAUUGUCUUCGUAUUGGCCUGCCUGUUCCUCAUCGUGGUGUCCAUCUGGAAGACCCCCGUGGAGUGUGCUAUAGGAUUUGGAAUCAUCGCCACAGGAGUUCCUGUGUACCUCUUCGGCGUUUGGUGGAAGACCAAGCCAGUAUGGCUCUUGCAGAUCAUCUUCUCUGCCACGGCAACAUGCCAGAAGCUGAUGGAAGUGGUACCUCAGGAGUCCUGAAGACCAAACAGAGUGACAGAUGCCUCUUCCACGCACAAGUCUCCUCGUACCCACCUCAGACCCCAUUUACUGUAUUCCUCGACUGGCUCUCCUCCUCUUGUGUGAGCCAGAAAAAGUCUUAUCCUGCUGACACAGGGAAAAUCUAUAUGAAUUACCACAUAAGAAACCUGACAACAUCGGGUCACGGGAGCAUUUCAAUUGAGAUGUAGAUUUUGCCAGUCCUUUUUCAAUCAAAUGCAUUAUACUGUAUACAUUAUAUAUAUAUAUAUAUAUAUAUAUAUAUAUAUAUAUAUAUAUAUAUAUAUAUAUAUAUAUAUAUAUAUAUAUAAUUUUGAAAAACUACCGGAGAUAGGUGUCAUAUAACUUGGUCAUCCCUUUAUUUAGGUCUUUGUUUGUGAUUUUUUUUUUGCUUCCUGCAUUGUGUUUUCAGCUUUUAUUUCAGAAUGUAUUUGAGGAAAAGUGUGUAACGUAAUGGAGAGGUGCCAUUGUCUUUCUCAGUAACCAGAACCGUGAUUCCCACCUGACUGACAAAUUUGCAUCUUGGAUUACAGAAAGUCCUAUUAUGCAUUUCUUUUUCUACAGCUGAUAUGACCAGUUUGCUGUGCCUUGUCUGUCAGUGUAGAAUUAUAUUAUUUUUCGAGAUUGACUUGAUAUGACUUUAUACAUCUACAGAUUUAUUUUUGAUAGCUUAAUGCAGUUUUUUUUUAUUGUUACUAAGAAUUUCAAGGAAUCUCCUUUUUGUUUGGUCAUGGUCCUCUAACUGAAUAUUACAGAAAGCAUAGAAGUACAGUAUUCACAAAUUCAUCAGAAACAUACAGGACAUUACAUUCAUAAACCUGGCUGUAUAUUUUUAGUUUGUCAGUUACUACGUCUUUUUAUUGUACCGUCAAGGUAUCCUAAAAAAUACCCUUAGCGAAGAGAUUUUAGUGCCUCAUCAGUUUGCGAACUGAAAAAUUCAGAAUGAGUUUGCUGGAAGAUGCGAUAUCAUUGUUGUGUUUCAGUUUUAGACAGCUGUAUGCAGUUUUUUGCGUUAUCUUAAUUUUGAUUAAACGGACAUUUGUUCCUAUACUGGACCAAAAUCAGUUGUAUGUGGGGGAGAAAAUGCACAUUUUCCGUUAAAAAGUGGUGCGAGAAACACUAGGGGUGUUUUGGGGUGAUGGAAUGGGGUGUUAUUUUAAGACAAAAUGGAAGUUGUCCUUUGGUUACUAAGAUUAUAGAAACAUUUCCAAGGCUUCUGGAUAGACGGCCUCUGUAGAUCUGAAAUGAAAAAUAAUUUUUCUUCAGUGCUGUUAUGUUUAUAGUUUAGAUGAUGAAGCUUUGUAUUAUUUAGAGAAUUACAGCAGUAUGACUAACACUCCAGCCAACAAGAUCGUUUUAUCUAAUUUAAAUAGUUAUGUAGAAAUGUACUUGUAUGUAUUUAUUUAUUAUUUGUAGAGGUUUUUUUGUGAAUCUGUAAAUGUAUUUUGUAACUGAUGGCUUGGCAUAGUUUGCAUUUGUGCCCAUUAAUAUAGAAAUAACUGCAGAUGAGCUGAGUCUGCCUGCACUGACAUCUGCCCCAUGAAAACAGAUGACAUCACAGUGAUGCUACGUUUCACUAUUUGUUUGACAUAUGAUGAAUUAUAUUUGCUCAUCGCAGAUCUUUUGGUAUCAAUGGUGUCUUUGUUAAAUACUUUAAAGAAAAAAACUUAAAGAUAUGACUGACUCUUAUGUGUAUGCUUAUAUUCUUCGGAUAAAAUUGUCCACUAAACAGUUUCUUUAAGCUUUAAACUUAUUUCUGUAAGUACUAUAUUUUGCAUUUAUAAACUAGUCUUUCAUCAGUUCAUUUUGAAGACUGUUUCUUGCCAGAUCAGCCGCAUUCAGCUGAUCUCGAAUCAGUCAUCUACACUGCUUAUAGUACUCUGAACAGUUGUAAGUAUUCUGUUGCCAACCAUCUGUCCUGUCUUCUCGGUGAUGUCCAAUGAAAUACAACUACGAAGAGAUCCUAUUGAGCAGUAUCUUGUAAUGGUUAUACGUCUACUGUACAAAAACUUUUUUUUUUCUUUUUUGAAAUUAAACCAUUCAUGCUCUGUGAUUUUUACUUUGUUGCAGGACAUUGUUGAGUAUUCAGAGAAAUAAAACAUGAAUUCAUUCAAAA